AUGCCUUUCAGGAAGAUGGCGCGUCACUUUGGUGACACUCUCUCCCCGCAGGCACCUUACUUGUCGUUCACCUACGAAGACAUCAAAUCACUCAAGAACGACUGGUUGACAGAUAACAACAUUGCAUUCUGGGAAGAAUGGCUGGAACGCGAAGUCCUCCCCAAGUACCCGCAAGCCCGCAUCAUCCUCCUCCGGCCCUCAAUGACCUUCCUCCUCAUGAAGGAGCCCGACAUGCGCCAGAUCCGCUCCGCCCUCCCCGACUUCUCCAAAGUAACACACAUCUUCCUCCCCAUCAAUGACGCUCGCAACGUCGCCCAGGCCGAGGGCGGCUCUCACUGGUCCCUGUUGCUCGUCAGCGCAAUCGACGGCGUUGCCUUCCACUACGACUCUCUCGGCGGCGCAAAUUACGCAGAGGGCCGCCUCGCCACCCACAAAAUGUCUGAGAUCCUAGGCCGCCCGCUCCGCUACCUCAACCUUGACGACUCCCCUCAGCAAGAGAACGGCAGCGACUGCGGUGUGUUCGUGUGUAUCCUCAUGCGCCACCUGCUCAUCAAGCGCCUGCUCAGCGCAAACGCCCGCGAAAAAGUCAGCAUGAGCAUGGCCAAUAAGCUGAUUGACAGCCACGGCGGACGCAAGGAGAUGCUCAAGAUUAUUGAGAGCUUGCGCAAGGAGGGCGAGCGGAGGAGAUCGUAA